UGAUUGUACUCGCCGCGAAAGUCUCAAAUCCUAAGUUUUACUUAAUUUUAAAAAUUUGCAUUUGUUCUUUGAUCUUCAAAUAACGAUAGACAAGAUCGUUAAACAUUCAGCUGUAGAUGCAGGCCCGUCUGUAUUUAAGUUUCUUUUCAGUUGUUUGGAUGUCGUUCGAGCUGGUUGAUGCUGACGAAAUCACGUGCCCCACCUCGAAGCCCACAACAAUGGAGACGCGAUUGAGAAAUCAGUACAUGUACGACACUAUCAACCGUCCCAUUCAACAGAACGGCAACAAUUCUGUAGACGUCAGAAUUCGUCUUGUUCUGAAGAAAUUCGACUUCGAUGUUAAAGAAGACAAACUUGAAAUUCACAGUUGGUUCGUCAUGUAUUGGAAAGACUGUCGGUAUUCCUGGGAUCCAUCAAAGUUCGACAAUAUUCGCGAAAUACGCAUGCCCAGUAACCUCCUCUGGAAGCCUGACUUCGCAGACUUUAGUACAUACGAUAUGGUGAAAGCGUUGUCUUUUACCCAGGCGUUCCUCUGUAUAUUGUACUCAAAUGGUGCUGUAAUGUGCGUGCCACCUUACAAUCACGUGGUGUCCUGCUCUGCUGAUCUGACUCGCUGGCCGUACGACACCCACACAUGCACGAUGACGAUAGGUUCCUGGACUCACACAGGCGAACAGCUGAACAUCUCGCAGUUGGAACCAGGUAUUGUACUGAAUGGUUACAACUUAAAUCGGGAAUGGAAACUGGCGUCUAUGAGGUCCUACAAGGAGGUCGCCAAGGACAAAUGCUGCCCAAACGACACGUUCGUCACGGCGUCAUUUCAGUUCGUGUUGCAGAGACAUCCUGGAAGUUACUCUUCCACAGUCGUCUUCCCUGCUGUCGUGUUGAUGGUACUGACGCUGGUGACGUUCUGGAUGGAACCUAGUGAGACGGAUCGGCUGAUGUUGUCAGCUGUGAAUGUCCUCUCUCACAUCCUCUUCCUCCAGCACUUGGGGAGUCUUCUACCAGCAAACGGUGACCAGACUCCUCUUAUGGUGACUUUCUAUCGGGACUCCAUGUUCCUGGCAGCCAUGACGCUGUUAACAGCUGUUAUUGUACCAUCUCUGAGGGCGACAACUAUGAAUCUUCCUCUGUGGGCUUCUGCUUUUACCAGUUGGGUCCUGCAUAACUGGUUUGGUCAGGUGUUCAUUUUUCAGAUCUUAGGUCAAAAGAAUGCUGGUUCAGUAAAAGAUACAUCUGGAGGUGAGGAUGGUACCCCAAGGCCCAACUGGAUUCUGUUUACGUCACUUCUCGACUUCAUCUUCUUUGUGGCCACAUUAUUAUCAUACUUCAUACUUCUGCUGGGAUAUAUUCCAUAGACGAAAUGCUUUGCACUCACACGUGCUGCUUGCAAAAGAGAAGGUUACGUGCAAAGCGAAAAAUUAUAAUUAAGAUAAUAAAGAGUUCUUCUUUUCCAAAUGUGGUGUUUUCAGUCAUUACACAGUAUAACUAUGUGUCUUAAGUUUGAAGUAGUGUGCUUUCCUUGCAUAAAGUAAAUAUGAGAAACUCACAGAAAAAUGUUAUGCUGGUAUGGUCAAAUGUUUCAUCUGUGAAAUUGAUGAACAGAUUUUGAUUACAUCUUGUAACUGGAGAUCUUCAGUAUCUAGUUUCCAAUAGCCUAACCUCAACACAAGGGCUACUUUAUAUAAUAAACAAAUCGAACUGAUCCUUUUUAAUAAAAAAUGUUAUCAUCAUAAAAAUACUUAUCACAACAUAAAAUA